CAAGCACAAACAUGAAAGCUUGAUCGUACGAGAUUAGUGGUUCGUCGACCUUCGACUUUCCUUGUGGCUGCCCAUUUUUUGAUCAUUGUUUUGGAGCAAGAUCUGACCUUCAACUUCAGAAGUUCCCUGAUGGAACCGGAUGUUGAUUGAGUGUGUAAGUCGUGGAAGCCUUGCAGACCCCAGUACCCAGACUAGACUUAGCCAUGGCAUCUCGUUUAGGGCGAAAACGUAAACAUUCUGUACUGGAAGAUGACCAUGAUAAUAGCGCGAACGAAGUUGUCACUGGUGUAGCUGCCUUCAAACGGCCAGCCGUCAAAAAUUCUCCAAAGCCACCACCUCGCGAGAAGAAGCUGACGAUCGAGGAAGCCAAGAAUGAUACAUCUGGCCGUCCAGUAAGGGUGUAUGCCGAUGGCAUCUUUGACAUGUUCCACAGCGGCCACGCGCGGGCACUCAUGCAGGCUAAGAAUGUGUUCCCCAAUGUAUACCUCAUUGUUGGAGUAAGCAACGAUGAAAUGACGCAUCGCCUGAAGGGUAAGACGGUAAUGACGGAGAGAGAGCGGUAUGAUGCCAUAUCACAUUGCCGAUACGUGGAUGAAGUGAUUGAAGGCGCGCAAUGGACACUGACACCAAAGUUCCUAGAGGAGCACAGAAUCGACUUUUGUGCACACGACGACCUUCCAUACACAUCAGCUGGCCAGGAAGAUGUCUACAAAAUGGUCAAAGAUGCCGGAAUGUUUGUGGCAACUCAGAGAACGGAAGGCAUCUCCACAUCCGAUGUCAUUGCUCGCAUUGUGCGUAACUAUGAUGAGUACAUUCGGCGCAAUCUUCAGAGAGGCUACUCUCGCAAGGAGCUGAAUGUCAGCUUUGUGAAGGAAAGGCAAGUUAGGGCCAAGCAAAAGAUACAUGAAAUUCGCGACAAGAUUGAGGACAAGUCACAUCAAAUCUUGCAGUGGUGGGAAGACAAGAGCCGAGAACUUAUCCUCGAUUUCCUCAGCCUCUUCAAUGGCCAGAGCAUCAAGGAGCGUCAAGUGCGUGUUAGACGCAGAGUAAAAGAGGUGCAAGAGCGGUCACAUGAGGCACUCACACGCUGGGAGGAGCGUAGUCGUGAGUUUGUCGGCGACUUCCUUCGUAUGUUCAGUCCCCCUGGGCUGCCGUAUCCAGACGAGGAUGACGACGACAUUGAUGACGAUCACGAAGAGCAUGAAGCUGAAGACGAGGAAGGCGAGGAGGAAGAGGAAGGCAAAGGCGACUAUCAGUUUGCAGUGACCUCAUGACACAAUUUAGUCUGUGUUUGUUGUACUUCAAAAGUACUUUACGUAGUCUUUCCUACUCUCUGCUGCAAGCGCGUGUUUCCUUUUUCACACGGCCCACAACAUUCCUUCUGAAAGUGAGAUGAUGUCAUAUAAUUUAUACAGCAACCUCAUACUUACGUACAUAAGACCUUUUCGAAUUGUAGUUGAAAUCUGCUGCAGGUCAUGACUCUUGUACAAAAUCCCAUGGAAUUUUAUAGUUUUGCUCCUUACUCUGCUUACUGAUGGUCCAUAAUUUUCUAGUGUUGAACGUCCCCAGAACACACAACAAUCUGUGACAGAAGUGUCACAUCGAUAUACGGAAACAUUGUUUGCAUGGUUCUCACUUGGUGACCUGUACUGGGACAUUUCAUUUCUUUAGGAAUCAGAUCAGGCCGAAUAAUUAAUUUGUUAAAAUCAAGUCCUGAUUUUUUUCCACACACACUCAAGCAAAAAGUCCUGAUCAACACGCUUUUAGCAAGAUAUUACGUGCGAAUA